UUGGGAAACAUCCCACAACUUGCGUUCUAUUCUUGGAAAUACGGAGGCAUUGUCCCAGCGUUCAAGCAUAUUAAGAAGAAAUAUGGAACAGUGUUCACGCUUUGGUUUGGUACACUUCCAACGGUUCACAUAGCCGACUACACCUUGAGCCAAGAAGCUAUGGUUCGCUAUGGGACGAAAUAUCAGGAUCGUUGGAAUCCAGCGAUGAUGCUCGAAGGAAGAGGUGAUCGAGGCUUGUUUGUCUCAAAUGGUCAAAUUUGGCAGGAUCAUCGACGAUUUUCGUUACAAGUGUUGAGAAAUCUUGGAUUAAACCGUAAUCUUAUGGAAAGAAGAAUUAUGGAUGAAUUCAAUUUACGGUGA